UCUUCUUCUGGAAAGAAAAAGAGGGGGAGAGAGAGAGCGCGAGAGAGAGUGUGAGAGAGAGAGAGAGAGAAAAAAAGAGACAAAGUUCCCCUCCUUCCUUUGGGCCGCUUUAAACUGCGAUAGUGGAGGAUAAAGCAGAAGUCGGAAACUGGAUUGGGAAAAAAAAGGGAUCUCGUUGAGACUGAGAACUAAAGCGGACUGGGGGAUAUUACAGAGACGGCACAUCCAACAGUGUGGGAGCGCAGACUGAUGGCGCAAAGGUACGAUGAACUUCCUCAUUACGGUGGGAUGGACGGAGUUGGGGUACCGGCGUCCAUGUACGGAGACCCUCACGCCCCCCGGCCGAUCCCUCCAGUCCACCACCUCAACCACGGACCGCCGCUCCACAGCCAGCACUACGGCCCACAUACACCUCAUCCUAAUGUCAUGCCCACAAGCAUGGGCUCUGCUGUCAACGAUGCCCUAAAGAGGGAUAAAGAUGCAAUUUAUGGGCAUCCUUUAUUUCCUCUGUUAGCGCUGGUUUUUGAGAAAUGUGAGUUAGCGACCUGCACUCCACGAGAACCCGGCGUAGCAGGCGGUGACGUCUGCUCGUCUGACUCCUUUAACGAGGACAUAGCAGUAUUCGCAAAACAGGUCCGCGCAGAAAAACCACUAUUCUCUUCUAAUCCUGAACUGGAUAACUUGAUGAUUCAAGCUAUACAAGUGUUAAGGUUCCACCUCUUGGAGUUAGAAAAGGUUCACGAACUGUGUGAUAACUUCUGCCACCGGUACAUUAGUUGUUUAAAAGGGAAAAUGCCCAUAGAUUUAGUCAUCGACGAGCGAGAUGGAAGUUCCAAAUCUGACCACGAAGAGCUAUCCGGAUCAUCGACAAAUCUAGCAGAACAUAAUCCAUCAUCUUGGAACAGGGACCAUGAUGAUGCAACAUCGACGCACUCAGCUGGUACACCUGGACCCUCCAGUGGGGGCCAUGCUUCCCAGAGUGGGGACAACAGCAGUGAACAAGGUGAUGGGUUAGACAACAGUGUGGCCUCACCGGGCACAGGUGACGAUGAUGACCCAGAUAAGGAUAAAAAGCGACAGAAAAAAAGAGGCAUUUUCCCCAAAGUAGCGACAAAUAUUAUGAGGGCAUGGCUCUUCCAGCACCUCACGCAUCCGUACCCAUCAGAGGAGCAGAAGAAACAGUUAGCUCAAGACACAGGACUCACAAUCCUACAAGUGAACAACUGGUUUAUUAAUGCCAGGAGAAGAAUAGUACAACCCAUGAUUGACCAGUCAAAUCGAGCAGGCAAGUCCCAAGUAGUAACUAUAUUCAAGUCCCGCAGGCACAAAUCCUCAACAAGUUAUUCUUCAGGAGUCCCUUCACCUGUAAGCCAAGGAGCAGCAUACAGUCCAGAGGGCCAACCAAUGGGAAGUUUUGUAUUGGAUGGUCAGCAACAUAUGGGAAUUCGGCCUGCUGGUUUGCAAGGCAUGCCAGGGGACUAUGUAUCUCAGGGUGGUCCUAUGGGUAUGAGUAUGGCGCAGCCAAGUUACACUCCUCCCCAGAUGACCCCACACCCUGCCCAGUUAAGACACGGACCCCCAAUACAUUCCUAUCUCCCAAGUCACCCACAUCACCCGGCCAUGAUGAUGCAUGGAGGACCCCCGCCUCACCCUGGAAUGCCAAUGUCAGCACAAAGCCCCACAAUGUUAAAUCCUGUGGACCCCAAUGUUGGGGGACAGGUUAUGGAUAUCCACGCCCAAUAGUAUAAGGGAAAAAAAAGAGAAACAAAAAUGUAAGACUUUAAACUUUGAACAGAUGUUGACACUUAAUGGAAUUCCAGACGAGCUGUGAUUUUGUUUUCACUCGACGCCAGCAGAGGACCAAUGGCAAGGCCAGGCAAAUGUGAAGCCAAAAGCUUUCUUCACAUGAAAUUAACUCCAAUGUAAAGUUCCUCUGGAAAAGGACUGAAAGAUUUAUUACUACUGUAGCAUAAAUAUAGGAACUAAGUUAACUUGUACAUUUCUGUUGAUCACUCUAUUUCUGUUGCUUCCAAUAGUUUUUAGAAAGAAAGUUAUCCUUUUUCCACACUAUGUGUGUUGUUCCCAAAAUGGUUGUCCUCGUACAGCAAAUGGAGCCACGUUUCAGACCAGAUUGCCCAGAUCCAGCCACCUUGCCAUAGAGGAAGGAGCUAAUAUGAAGAUCUGUGAGACUUCUUUGGAUGCAGCCAUAGGCGAAAGGUUUUGAGAAUGCACUAACAUACCUAAUUUUCUCUGGAACAAAUGUGGCCUGUCACAACAAAGCCUACUUGGUCCACCUGAAGGGCUUAUGUCUGAUCAUAUUCUGGAUUGACUCUUCUUCAAAGAGCUUGUUGAUGGAAACCUGAAGAUGAAUUAGCAGCUUCCUGCUAUGGCUGUGGGCCUCAGCAUUGAGAAAAUGUUGUCACAAAAACAACUAAAAAUGCUCUUGGGCAGACUUUUCUUAAUGAAAUUUCCUUUUGCUGGUCUUGCACCAAAACAGACCUUUUUAAAUGAACUCAAACUGCUUGGAACAAGCAACGAUAAAAAAAUACUGUAACAUACUUGGUACAGAGAGUUCAGUAUAUUAAUUGUUACAUGUUAGAUAUCUAUGUGUUUACCUCAAUGAGAAAUAACGAAUGUUUUGCUAGUAUCAAAUCUGCUGUGGAAUUGGUAUUGUAUGUCAAUGAAUUCCUUACUUUUAUCAGCACGUGUCACUAGAAGAAAAUGCUGUUUUCCUUGCGAGCUUUGUCAGAUUACAUAAAUACUUGUAUGAGGACUGUGACGUAUGUUUAAAAGGUGUUCAGUCACAAAAUGCCGUAAUAAAUAUUUCAUUUUUA